AUGGCUCCUACUUUCGCAGAUGUCGUUCCAAUCAAACAACUUUCCUCUCAUGAAUACACCAUCCACCUAAAAGAUGAAUGGUGUGUAGGAACAGUUCCCAAUGGCGGAUACGUCACCUCGUCCUUCCUCGUUGUCGCCCGCACCCAUAUGGCUCUCACCCACCCAACACGCUCCGAACCACACCCGAUAAACCUCCACUUAGAAUUCCUACGACGCACCUCUGUCGGUCCGGCCCUCUUCACCGUGAAAGACGUGAAGCUCGGCGCGCGCAUCAGCAACCUCCACAUCGUGCUGUCUCAGAAACAAGCACAUCACGAUGAAUACCAGGACGAAGCAGAAGGAUACAUAACCAUGAGCAAUAUCGCCGCCGAACAGGGGCUGAGCCUCGACACAUCUUACCAAUUGUACCCCCCGGCCUUGCCCGCCGACCUACAGUCGCUUGCCACGCAAGGCUACGACGCAAACUACACCAUGCGUGCAAAGGACCCUUUCCCACAAUUCCGUCGCGCGGCGCAAAACAUCCAAAUGUUCCUAAUAAACCCGGAGCGCAAACCAGCGGGACGACCGAAAGCCAUGAACGAUCAAUGGGUGCGGUUUGCGCCGAAUCGGGUGCCUAACGGCCGCUGGACCAACGACGCCCUCGGCUUCCUGGUGGACAUGUUCCCGCAGAUCGUCGAGAGCUAUGUCAACCCGUUCGUCGAAGAGGCCGCUCUCGGGCAACACUCUGAAGCCGAGCUGCAAGAAUUCCUGCGUUCCAACGAACCGCGGGCCAAGUACUGGUACCCGACGCUGGCGCUGAACUUGGACAUCAAGAAACUGCUCCCUGACGAAGGUGUUGAAUGGUUAUUUGUGCGUACGCGGGCCAAGGCGAUUCGGAACGGGAGAUUCGAUCUAGACAUUGAGGUCUGGGAUGUCGAGGCCGAAUUAGUCGCGUCCAGUUGUCAUGCCAGUUUGAUUGUCGAUGCGUCCAGGAAUACCACGCGGAAAGCCAAGAAGGAGAAGUUGUAA